UUUAUCUGAUAUGAAUUUUUGUUUUUGUGCAUGAAUUAAUAAUGAUAAUGUACCCGUUGUACUUCAUUCGGUGCAGUUUAAUAUUGGAAAAUUGCAUAAAAUAAAUUUAUUAAAAAAAAAAAUUGCAUAAUUAAUCGAAAAAAUAUGGAAAAUGCAGAACACUUUAUGAUAUAUAGCCUGCAGCCACAGACAAACGAACGAGUCAUCGUCUGCCGAAAAAUUGUAACAAACAUAGCAUUGUUAGCAUGUUAAAGCAUAUACAUACAAAACUCACCUCCUAAAAUAGCAGGCUAAUCCUUAAAAUAGGACAAAGCUUUCCCUUAAUUUCAGCAAAAAAGCCUGUUAGUAUGAAAUCGACAAUGAUGCAUGCAGUUUCAUCUUCAAGCUAACGUACGUUCCUAUAUAAACACACCACCCUCCGAGAUAGAAUUUAAAGAAAGUAAAAGAAAAGUUUUCUUGAUUACGAAAAGAUUGUGAAAAUGGGUAUAGGGAAGGUUCUUUACGUUUCUAUUUUCCUGUCUAUGGUUCUUGGCCUUGCUAAAAGCAUAGAAUUCACCGAGAAGGACUUGGCUUCAGACGAGAGUUUAUGGGAUUUGUACGAGAGGUGGAGGAGCCACCACACGGUUUCUCGUGAUUUAGCCGAGAAAAAACUGCGCUUCAACGUUUUCAAAGCGAAUGUGCAGCACGUGCAUAAGGUGAACCAGAUGGACAAGCCUUACAAGCUGAAGCUCAACAAGUUUGCCGACAUGACGAACCAUGAGUUCAGAAACUCUUACAGCUCCAAAAUCAAGCAUCACCAGAUGCUCCGAGGCAGUAGGGCCCACACGGGGUUUAUGUACGAAAAGGCCGAUAAUCUUCCUGCGUCGGUUGAUUGGAGGAAACAAGGUGCUGUUACUCCUGUCAAGAAUCAAGGAAAUUGCGGUAGUUGUUGGGCAUUUUCGACUGUUGUCGGAGUUGAAGGGAUCAAUAAGAUUAAGACGGGUACUUUAGUAUCUUUGUCUGAGCAAGAACUGGUUGAUUGUGAAAAGGACAACGAGGGCUGUAAUGGAGGACUAAUGGAAAACGCGUACGAGUUCAUCAAGAAAGAGGGCGGACUUACGACCGAGACUGUUUACCCUUACAGUGCCAAAGAUGGGAGAUGUGAUUCUGCAAAGGUUAAUACGCCGGCGGUGGUGAUCGAUGGUCAUGAAAACGUGCCCGUGAACAACGAGAACGCACUCAUGAAAGCAGUCGCGAACCAGCCUGUAUCUAUUGCAAUGGAUGCCGGUGGUUCUAGUCUUCAGUUCUACUCAGAGGGAGUGUUCACCGGAGAUUGUGGGACUGAGCUAGACCAUGGAGUGGCAAUUGUAGGAUAUGGAACAACUGUCGACGGUACAAAAUACUGGAUAGUGAAAAACUCGUGGGGGGCAGAAUGGGGAGAGCAAGGAUAUAUCAGGAUGCAACGAGAUAUAAAUGCAGAAGAAGGGCUGUGUGGCUUAGCUAUGCAGGCUUCGUAUCCUGUUAAGACUUCAUCGGCAAAUCCGAAACAAUCGGCAAAGGAUGAGCUUUGAGUUUGAGGAUAGUGUUUACACCAUUUCAUAUGUUUUAUAGGUAUCUUGUAUUUUUUUUUUUUUUUUUUUUUUUUUGCUUUUGUUUAUAGUAUGUUAGUUUGAAGUUUGAAAGAAUAAAAUGUAAGGGGUAUUGUGUUUACUUUGUAAUUCAGAAUUUCUUCUAGUGUUUGUUUUUCCAUUUUCUCUUCCAUAUAAAUAAAAAUUAGCAUUAUAAUAAUAUUUAUUUUAUGAGCUUGA